AUGAAACUAUUUCUUUUCCUAUCAUUGAUUUCUUGUAUAUAUUCACAAUUCGCAUUUACUUCUCUGGGUACAGUUAGGGGAAUAACGACAAAAUCGACGAAUGGAGUCUCCGUUGAGGUUUACAAGGGACUCCCAUUCGCAAAGCCACCGAUUGGCAAGCUGAGAUACGCAAAACCGGAGGAACCGACGAAAUGGCAGGGGAUUCGAGAUGCAACAGAUUAUCAGUUCAGUUGCUUGAGCAACAGCUCCCAGACAUCCUCUCCUCAAUCUCACAUUGAUGAGGAUUGUCUUUACGUGAAUAUAUUCACUUCAGCAAGGUGCAAGAAAACUAGAAACUGUGCUGUACUUGUUUACAUUCAUGGAGGAGCUCUUCUAUAUGAUUCGGCUACAAUGUUUCCCGAUAAUCACUUAAUUGAUCACUUUGCGGCAAAGGACGUUGUCCUUGUCAUCACCGCUUUUCGCAUGUCCACUUGGGGUCUUUUUGCCUCUCCCUUUGAGGAAGUCACUCCACAUAAUUUGGCGAUUCAUGACAUUGUUCGAAGCCUUGAAUUUGUUCAAAAAGAGAUCUGGGCUUUUGGCGGAGAUCCACGGAGAGUCACCUCUUUGGGGCAUUCAAUGGGAGCUGAUCUCUCACUGGCCAUUGCGUAUUCGGAAGAGCUCAAUCCCGGAAAUAGGAUAUUGGCUCAAGCCUCAGCGAUGAGCCCCAGCAUGGACUAUCACGAUAUCGACCGAAUGCAUGAGACUUCGUUUGAGUUUGCGAGAAGAGCAAAGUGCACUCCACCUGGAUCUACGAAAUUUGAAACCCCAGCAAUGACUAAAGCCAUCGUUGAAUGCCUUCGAACGAAACCCUGGCAAGAGCUUUUGUUGAUCCAACGAGAAAUCGAUGAUGAUGGAUUGAUGUAUCUGAACGGUUUCCCGUUAACUCAUCCGCUCACAAGCUCGGGACGUUUGGAUCUAUUACUGAAGAAUGCACCGAAAACCCCAGUACUUUUGGGCAGCACAAUGCUAGAGUUUGACCCUGUCGGCCUACCAAACGCUAAUGAAACAUAUGGAGAUAUUUUGCAGCUCAAAAACACCCAAGAAAUCGCCAUCAAACUCUACUAUGAUCAAGUCACGGAAAGAUUAAAAACCCAUCACAAUUAUCAAAGUCAAUGUGUUUUCGUGUCGACAUUCAAUUAUGGAAAAGCGCAAAUCGAGAGGGGAGCUCAGGCCUUUUUAUAUAAAUAUGACAUGCCUCGUGGGUGCCAACACACCGGUGAUCUCUGCUAUGUAAUGGGUGUCCAUUGUCGAGAUUUCAAUGACGACGAGUUGAAAAUCAAAGAAUUCUAUUCAGAAUACUUUGUGAACUUUACAAAACACGGGAAACCGAGAGCAGAUUGGGAACCGCUGGAUCCAAGCCGCAAGAAUUACUGGAGUGUUGUUUGCAAUCAAACUAUAGACCUAUAUCCACAUAAUGAAAAUAAUUAUGAGGCAGAAGUGGUCGACUAUUGGCUGAAAAACAUGACCUUUUUUGACAAGAAAGUCACAGAGAUCAAGGAAAGAAUUAUGCCGAAUUUUGAGGCUCUCACUUUCGACUCCAUCCCUUCAUAUGCUAAUUUUAUAUCUAUAUGUCUAUUUGUGAUUGUAUUAUUUCCAGGAGUUCUAUUGGGUUUUGUGAUUUUAAUGAAAGUAACAAAGAAAAACGAAUAUGAUGCGCUGCCUGAAUGUGAAGAUCUCGAUCAAAAGAAUGCGAUUGUUUAUGAUACGGCUAGAUAUUUA